GUUUGUCGCGUUAUACAGACACAAUUGAAACAAAGAUGGCUGCGCCCAUCGAAAAAAUUAUGGCGGCAUUUUUCAACUGUAAAAUGCUUUGUCUAGUGAUUAUUUCAUUGAUAGCAGUCACAAUAGAUGUUGAUGCAGCGAGACUCAGUGACCCAAAAGUUUUACUACCAUACCAUAGUUCUGUCGUCACAAAUUUCACUCUGAGGAUCAAUCUGACACGGGAAGAGUCGCGAAGUCCAAGUUGUUACACAUGGCGCAGUAGUAGAUUAGAUGUUGCAACACUCCAGCUCAUCAACAGUACUGAUAAUGAAUGUGCACUUACAGCAGAGAUUUCUGCAGUGUCCAAAUCCUCCAUGAGGAAAACUUCCAUUGUUUUGGUUGAAAACAAAGUAACUGGAGAAAUAUUGAAGUGUAUAGUUAUAGUUGACACACUACAUCGUAUCGAGAUAGAAACUACUACACGUCUCUUAUACCUCGAGGAUUCUCCUGAAGAAAUGAUUGUCCGUGGUUAUGACGUAGAAGGAAAUGUGUUCUCUAGUUUACAAGGCCUGGAAUUUCAAUGGAGUCUUCACUCAGAUACUACCGGAGGUCAUGAUGAUAUUGUAGAUGCUAACUCUAUACUCAGGAUUUUAAAGUUCAGUGACUCGCAUUACACAACACCACAACACAUAGAAGUAAUAGAAGAGCGUGGUCGUCAAGGUGACAUCAUUCUAGUUGAAGGUGUCCGUACAGGAAGUGCUUAUGUUUGGGCCAAAAUUCGAGAUGUAGCAUAUGCAAAAGUAGAGCACAGCAGUGUCAGACUGAUGGUGAUUGCUAAUUUGAUGAUCAGUCCUCCUGAAGCAUAUAUACUCAAGUAUGCUACAGUCAAGUACAAGGUGGAACAAAUCAGACAAAAUUCUGUCAUAGAGAUACUGAUGCCCAAUGCCCAGUAUUCAUUGGAGGUUGUAGAUGGCACUAUUGGGACGUUAGAUGCCAGUACAUCAGUAGCUACAGCUCUAGAACUUGGUGAAACUGAAGUCAAACUUAUAGACAAGAACAUUAAAACAUCAGAUGUACUGGGACAACCAUCAGCUAUUCUACAUGUUGUCAGUCCAAGUUACCUCGGAUUUGUUGUACUACCUGACAGAAAAUGGGUGCUUGAAACUGGGCGUGUCUACACAGUAUUGAUUGAAGUCUAUGAUAAACACAGCCACAAACUCUACCCUUCUGAUAAUGUAAUGAUAGAUGCUUUGUUUCCCGGAGAAUACUUCAAAGUAGAAUUUUCAACAGAUAAUGGUACAUAUCAUGUUGUUAGAACUCUCCGGAAAGGUGAUACAGAUCUUGAAGGGGCUCUUUCUACCAUUAAAAAACAGGAUGGUAGUGAGCACUCUGUGAGCCCUACAAUCAAACAGACACAGUUUGUAGAGAUCUUUGAUCCUAUUGUAGUGCAGCCAGAGUUACUGUUCUUCCCAUGGGACCCCGUGAGACAGCUAUCUCAUAGAUAUCAACUACAGGCUACUGGUGGAAGUGGAGACUAUAUGUGGAGUUCCAAUGACGCAGAAGUUGUCACGGUGAACAAAUAUGGCGAGAUAUCUACGUCUGCUCGUGGGGAGGCAGAAGUAACAGCUUCUGAUAAAAGAAAUCAAUUACAUAAAGGACUGGCCAAGGUGCACAUAUUACCACCGUCUGACAUGGAGUUUAGACCGGAGAGAGUGGAGGUAGAGGUGGGUAGUGUGUUAGAACUACCAUUAGAUAUACAAACUACUCUAGCAGGACGGAAAUACUCCUUCAAUGACUGUAGGAACAUGCCAUUAAAUGUGACUUUCACUGACCCAUCAGUCGUGGAAAAUGUGGAUGGGUUUACAAUAUUGAGAGAUGGAACUUGUAGAACUAUCAAGGUGAAAGCAUUACAACAAGGUCAUACAAAGGUCAAGGCCAUAUAUAACCAUGGUAACAUCAGGCUUGAAUCAAGCAUCACCAUAGCAACAUAUGAUGCUUUAGUGCCUGUUGACCCGGAGAAAGAAUCAGUGAUAACUGUUGGAUCCUCAAAAGAGAUUUUAUUCUCCGGCGGGCCUCAGCCUUGGAUUCUCGACUCCUCUAAAUACUUUGCAAGACCACAUAAUUGUAGAGUGGAAGGUAAAAAUAAUCCUAAAGACACCAUUAUAGCAGGAAGUCUUGGCUUUUUUAUGCCUGGUUUGAUGCCUUCAAAGUCAACAGAAGAGAAGAACACACUGAUACAGCCAGUGAGGACAAUAACUGUUGGAGGUCAAAAGAAACUUCACUCCUUCAUUGUCUCCUGCAAGAAAUAUGGAGAACAGAUGUUGACACUUGAAGUGGGUAAUGAGGUAACAGCCAAGAAUCAGAAUCCUGCUGUAGAGAAAGCCUCUGUCAGUUUCAUAUGUGCAGAACCUGUAGAGAUCCACUUGAGACCAUUGAUAGAUUAUCCCAGUGAUUUACCACCUUGUCCUGUAUCCAGGGAGCCACAUCAACAGAUCCCUGUACAUUGUCAGAGAGAUUUGGAUCUAGGAGUUGUUGUUACUGACAAAAAUGGAAGAAAAUUUGACAAUAUUUCAUCACUUGAAUUUGAUUGGUCAAUGUCUGAUGGUUCUCUCGCCUCAUUGGCUGAUGAACUGCAGACUGACGUAACACUGACACCUAGUGGUAGAAAAGUCAUAGAGAAUUAUAUGAUGUUACAGCCAUCGGGUAUACCUGGCAAUCUGAUUGUGACUGCUACAGUGAGCAAAUACAAGUCUUCUCAUCUACGACUGGCCCAGUCAAACGUCCCUGAAUAUUUAAGUCCAAAGAUAAGUAAGUCAAUUGACCUGCGACUGGUAGAAGAAGCUGUUGUUUCCCCUGAUAGUUUGUCAGUAUUUAAUCACCCAUCUAACAAGGUGAAUAUAGAUGUGGCAAAGGGAUCCGGAUAUUUCCACAUUGUUGAAGGCAGGACAGGUGUUGUUGGGCUAAAAUACCUGGAAAAAUCCAAACAAAUACAGAUUAUUCCAACCAAAGAUGGUCAGCUGACGGUCAGUGUAUAUGAUCUAUGUAUAUUCAGUAACCAGCCAGUACAGGUGGCUAUUACAGUGUCCGGAGUAGGCAGUGUCCAGUUACAUGUCAUGGAUAAGGUUGAAGUAGGUAAAGAUAUACCUGCAAGAGUUGAGGUUCUUGAUGUAACCGGGGAAAAACUUUACUCUAGUUUCUUCCCCUUGAUGGGCCUCACAUUGGAAUCCUCUUCCGAGAUCAUUACUUUAAAAAGAGUCAAGUCUGAUACAGAAGAUGCCUACUCAGCCAGGUACACAGUCCAUGGUGCUGUGGUAGGCCACACCUCCUUGAAGGCAGUGACAAACUUACCUGAUGGCAGGACUGUCUCGAGCCCAGCCAAACCUGUAGAGGUGUUCCCUCCACUAGAGCUUAUACCACGUAAUAUAACACUGAUUAUAGGAGGCCUGUUCCAGGUUCUAAGUAGAGGUGGUCCAAGACCUCAGUGUACUGUGCUGUUCAGCAUUAGAAACAGUAAAAUAGCCACAGUAUCAAGUAGUGGUUUGUUGGAUGGUCAAUCACUAGGGACAACCAGGGUCAUAGGUCAAGCUGUAGGUCAAGAUCCGGAGACGGGAGAAACUGUGAUCUAUUCUCAGGAUGAGGUGACAGUUAAUGUUGUACGACUUGUUGGGGUGAGAAUACAUGCUCCAUUGACCAGGAUACAGACUGGAACUACAAUGCCAGUAUAUGCUGUAGGUCUAACGGAACAUGAGACACCGUUCACAUUUGGUAGUUCUUUACCUCUACUCUCAUUUACCUGGUCUGUCAACAAAAAAGAUGUUGCCCAGCUGCAAUCUGUGUUCCAUGAGAAUGGUAUUCAGCCACAGGCAGAAGGGAAUUUUGCUGUGCAAAUGGUUGCCAUGGAAACAGGUCAUGUGUCAGUAAGGUUAGAGGUCAAACCACAAGCUGGUAGUGAUCAAAUAUAUCAGGACUCUUUAUUGGCCGAUGAACUACAAAUACAGGUGUUCGAGGAGCUAGUUAUGGUUUUACCAAAAGCUUGUGAUGGUGAAAUACUUAUGACACCAAAUACAGAGGCUGUACUUAAAACAAACAGGGACGGAGGAGCUAAAAUGAGUUACUCUGUGUUUGGCAGCAAUCAAGAUGUUGUACAAGUUGUUGAUGAUGUUCUUAUCUCAGGUUCAAACUCAGGUGAAGCGGCUCUACAUAUCAAAGCACAGGAGGAGUCUGGUGUCAUCCAAACCUUAGUUCUUAAUGUGAAGGUAAAACCAGUGUCCUACAUGAUGAUUAAUUCCAACUCUGCAUUGAGGACAUCUGGAGGUCAACUGAGUGUGGUACCAAGGGGAACAACUCUACAGUUCACAGUUACCUACCAUGAUGAUGUAGGAGAACAGUUUUAUGCUACAAACAUUGACAUGAAGUACAGAUGUAGCAGAUAUGACCUUGUACAGGUGUCACAUGGUUUAGAGAACAACACACUAGUCAUGAAGACUGCUGCUGUAGGUCAUACUAUACUGAAGGUAUGGGACAGCAACAAGCCGUGGUUAGUUGACUACAUCAGUAUACCAGUUGGUCAAGCCAUACAUCCAACUCACACCAAAUUACAACUCGGGGACAUUGUAUGUUUUACUACCCCACUUACCAUGGAGAGAGGUGUCACCGGUGCCUGGAGGGGGGACGGCAGUGUCACUGUUGACAAUGGACUGGGUAUAGCAAGUACAAGCUCUGUUGGUGAAGGAACAUUAUCAUAUAUGGUAUCUGAUGAUGUGAUGACAGAAACAGAGAUAUAUGUAGAACCAAUCAGAGAAGUGAAAACAGAAUUAGGGUCAGAGUUCAUUACCAUGGCAACUAACAAGGUCUACAAUAUGAUAAUUAAUUUUGGAAAGGGAUCAUUAGUUCAAGGUAGCAACUGUAAAACAUUGAUAUCAGAAAAGAAUUAUCAGCCAAUCAGAAUGCCUUUUACAUGCAGCCUUGGUGUCAGUCCGGACAAUCAGGAGAUUGCCAUAAAUGACUACUUCUCAGUGAAACCAGUAUUUAUUUCUAAGUCUGGUAAAUAUGCUUGUCAGAUAUCUGCAAAUACUCAAACUGUUCCACAACAAAUCAGUUCAGCAGAUGUCAAUGUUGUUGUCAUGGUAACAGUGUUUCCACUGAAAGGUCAAGAUGAGGUCAAAUCUGUUCCCCUGCUGGUUCCCUUCCUCCCACCAUUUCAUGUGUAUAACUCAGAGAUUCAUAUAUCUACCCUGACACCACUCUCCAGUGUUAGAAUUUCUACUUCCUCGAAGUUAACAGACCAAGUUAAGGUAGUGGUUAGUGACCCAUCAAUCCUGGAGGCUUUACCAGCAGAGAGUGAUCCUCAGUCUAAAUCUAUUGCCAUCUAUCCUGUCAGACUGAUUGACACUGUAGCACUCUGGGAAAGAGAACAGCUAGAUGUAUGGGUUGAUCUGAUUGGUGAAAAAACAGGUCAAAAGGUCAGGAUUCCAGUAUUUAUCCGGUUGAUUGGCCAGAAGCCUGACAUUGCAGGUGGUGCAUACAGGAGAGAUGUAGGAUGGCGGGCGUUGUUUGGUAACAUUUUAAAUAACUACCAGUACUGGUUUAUCCUGGUUAUAAUCAUCAUAGUCACUGCACUUACUGUUCUAUUUGGUUACCAUGCAGUGUAUGGUCCUAAAUAUAAAGCUGCAGUAAACACAUCAGGCUAUAUGGGAUCACCACAAGGCUCACCUGUAGGACCAGUGUAUACACCAGCCUCCCCACCUGCAUAUACUCCCUAUUAUCAGACACAGACACCGAAAUCUCCGAUGUUAUGGUCAACUGGUUAUACUCCACUUGAUGGUGGAUCUCCAACACGUCGCCGAUCUCCUAUUCAACGAAUCAGUCCAUCUUGAUAAAUUUCAUUCAUCUAGAUUUCUUUUGUUAUUUCAUGUCUCAGGAUUCAUUUUGGUCUUCACUCUGUUUAACCUUUAACCUGUUGGCAGCAACAGACUCAACCUAGCAACCAGCUCCUUAGCAACCAGCUAAGACCAAAAUCAGCCAUAACAUUGGUGCUGUCUGAUCAUGGUCUGCACUGUUUGCUAUUCAGUCAAUAAAUAUGUUAAUAUUCCCUACAAAUCAUAAAUGGUUAAGUUCAGAUUGAAAGAAGGACAAAUCCAUUUAUGAUAUUUAGGCUGAUAAGGGUUAAAGUAAAUAAGAUAGUAGAUUGUUUCACGACAAUGUGUCAGUUACAGUUAUAAAACAAGUAUUUACAUGAAAAUAUGAUUAUUUUGUAGUAUCAUGUAUUAUUAUUAUCAUGAAUUUUUGAAAGUAAAAUGUAUUGCUUUGAUUUUGUUCCUAGGCCAAUCAUGUUGAGAUAUAGCAAUACAAGAAAUAUCUGCCAUCAACAAGAAUGCAAUAAUGACUGCAAUUAUUGAAAUAUAUGAUGUUUAAUUAUAAAUGUCUGAUUUUUUAGUCAGAAUCUCUUGUUUGACUAGAAAAAAUUCUGACCUGUCUGUAACUUGACUUAUUUAGAAAUCACAGGGUAAUGAAUUAAAUGUUUGAUUAGCGAUAUGUAUUACAUUAAUCAUCACAGUUGUACAUCUGUCUCUGAUCAAAUAGCAAGAGUUAUUUCUAACAUUGUCACAUUUAUUAUUAUGUAUAAUUAUAUUCAUUCCAUGUGUUCAUUAUUAAUAAGUUAAAAGUAUUUUGACCUUUAAAAUGUAUUUGUAUUAACCACUGCCAAACUUAAGAAUGUUUAUUACUUUUUUAUCAAUAUUAACUAAUUAGUUUUUGCAAAAUAUUAUGUAGGAACAAUACUAGUAAACAAUAUUUCGCCUAUGUAUAACCAGCUUUUUUUCUUGCCAUUUUAAUUUGGAUAAUAUUGUUUGAAAAAGGAGGCUUAGAGGAUAUUAAAUUAUUAGAUAUGUGAAGAAAUCUAUGAUAUUUCUGUUUCUCGUUUUAAUAAUUCCUUCCACUAAAAUCAAAGGUUCCGGGUGAGCUAUUUCUAAAGAGUAUAAUUCAUUGCCUUGCAGCAUCAUUAUUGGUCAAUUUCUUUGAAAUUAAAUGUUUGAUUUAUUUCAUUGUGGUAUUCUUGUCUGGAGAUUACAGUUUCAUCUGUUUUGAUCUCCCUGAUCUCUUUAACUGACCACUUUAAUCACAUGAGUUGCCACAAAAAAUGAAACUGCACUUGGAUAGGGGAGGUCAAUGCAAUGUCUAUUCUGUUGAUCAGUUUAAUUAUGAAGCUCUUGGUUUGAUUUUAUUUAGAUUUUUCUAAACACUCGUACAAAUUGCUCCUGUUGACUAUAUGGAUCUUUAUUCUCUCUUUUUUCAUCAUUUCAGAACUUAAUUUAUCAUUUCAUGCUCAAUGUUACAGUAUGUAUACAGUAUAGUAUAGCCAACACAUUCGUCCUACUCUAUGAUGCUUUCUGCCUCUGAUGAAAUUUUAAAGAUUUAUUUCAUCAAUUAGAAGCUUUGUGGAAUAAGAAAAUAUUGUAUUUGUAUGCUUAAUGUUUUACUUAUUAAUCUAUUUUUCAGCUUUGUAAACUUUUGUCAGCUGUUUUCAUUAUUGUUAUUUUUCAUCAAAAUUUGUUAUUUGUGCAUAAAAAUAUUCUGCUUUUUUUCAAUUCAAUUUUGUGUGUGUUUGUGUGUUGUAUUUUUUCAAUGAUAUGUGUUGUAUUUUUGCAAUGAUGUAAAGAAUUGAUGAGUAAAAUGUUGAAAUCAUAUUUUAUUAUACAAUUUAUAAUUAAUCAGUUAGAUAACAUGUCUGGACCUAAUACUUUUGUAUGCGAAUGACAGCUUGUCAUCCUUACAGUGAUUUAUUUAUUAUUCUAACACAACUCGCAUUUUUCCCUAUUGAACAUAGAAGAACCGAAAGUGUGUGUUAUUAUGCUAUAAAAUCACUGUUUGACGUUCUAUAUUUAGACAUGUGACGUAAUCAUAAUACAUGUGACGUAACCACUAAAAAUGUGACGCGCUGACAAUAAGUACGGAAACAAAUCAGGCGCAAUUUAGCUAAAUAUCUGGUACGGCAGCAUUUAUUUGUUGAUGUCAUGUUAGAAUCGAAAUAAUAUAUCCAAAUCAGUAAUUUUAUUGCUUGAUAACAUCACUGUUUGUCGUUCGGAUGCGCAUCAUUAUAUCACUCGGGCUACACCCUCGUGAUAUAAUUCCUGGCAUCCGAACUCCAAACAGUGAUGUUAUUGAGCAAUAAAAUCACAGUUUGGGAUAUAUUAUUUCUUAAUCAAUUUUAUAUCAAAAUAUCAGUCAAACAAUUACCUAGUGAACUAAUUUAAAUAUUGUUUGUCUUUGAAAAAAAAAUAUAUAUUUUUCAAUUUUCCUUGCAGUUUUUUGGGGUUUGUGUAUAAAUCAUAUAUGUUGAUGUGUUUGUCAAGUUUGUUAGAAAUUGAAAAAGAAAAUUGGAGAAAGAUUAUUCUCACAUAUCCUGAUUCAUCUAUACAUAU